ACAUUUUCAUUUAUUUUAUUUUUGACCCAAAUUCUCAAGUCAUGCGUUUUCUGCUUGACAUUUCUCACACGCUCUUUCUCUCACAGCAAAGGUGGUGGUCCUCUCCUCUCUUCGUCAAAUUCAAAAGUUUCUGUCAAUUUGUUGAUCAGCAGACAGCAAUAGCUGGUAAGGAGAUGGCAUCAAACACUGAUGGUGGGAAGAGCUUUGCACGAAGAGACCGGCUUCUGGAAAUUGAGGCACAGGUUCAGAAGUGGUGGGAAGAGAGAGAAGUUUUCAGGGCUGAUUCUCUAGAAAUGCCUCCCAAAUUGGGUGAGAAGUUCUUUGGGAACUUCCCUUUCCCAUACAUGAAUGGCUAUCUUCACUUGGGCCAUGCAUUCUCGCUCUCCAAACUUGAAUUUGCUGCAGCCUAUCACCGACUGAGGGGUGCCAAUGUGCUCUUACCUUUUGCUUUUCAUUGUACUGGGAUGCCAAUUAAGGCCUCGGCUGAUAAAAUUUGCCGGGAGAUUCAGAAAUUUGGUAACCCACCUGCUUUUCCAACUGCAGCAGAGGAGAAAAGCAUUGAUCCAGAACCACAACCAGAGGAAUCUAAUGCAGGGGACCAGGUUGCACCAGAUAAAUUUAAGAGCAAGAAGUCCAAGGCAGCAGCCAAGUCAGGCGGUGAUAAGUACCAGUGGGAGAUAAUGCAGAGUUAUGGCCUCUCUGAUGACGAGAUUUCCAAGUUUCAGGACCCAUAUUACUGGCUGUCUUAUUUUCCCCCUCUAGCUGUAGAAGACCUGAAGGCUUUUGGCCUUGGCUGUGAUUGGAGACGCACUUUUAUCACAACUGAUAUGAACCCAUUUUUUGAUUCGUUUGUUCGGUGGCAGAUGAGGAAAUUGAAGGAGUUGGGGAAAAUUGUCAAGGACCUGAGAUACACUGUUUAUUCCCCCUUAGAUGGUCAGCCAUGCGCUGAUCAUGAUCGGGCAUCAGGGGAAGGUGUUAUUCCCCAAGAAUACACUCUCAUAAAAAUGGAGGUUAUCCCACCUCUUCCUCCAAUGUUGAGGACUCUGGAGGGCCGUAAAGUGUACCUAGCAGCUGCAACAUUGAGACCUGAGACUAUGUACGGGCAAACAAAUGCAUGGGUAUUACCUGAGGGGAAAUAUGGAGCGUUUGAGAUCAAUGAAAAUGAUGUUUUUAUCUUGACAGAAAGGGCAGCUCUUAAUCUUGCAUAUCAGAAACUGUCACGAGUCCCGGAAAAGCCUACUUGUUUGGUUGAGCUGAUUGGUAACGAUUUAAUUGGUUUGCCUUUAAGAUCUCCUUUGUCAUUCAAUGAGGUUAUUUAUUCUCUACCUAUGCUGUCAAUUCUCACUGACAAGGGUACUGGGAUUGUGACAAGCGUGCCCAGUGAUUCACCUGAUGAUUUUAUGACUCUUCAUGACUUGAAAUCAAAACCGGCUUUCAGGGCUAAGUUUGGUGUGAAGGACGAGUGGGUCUUACCAUUUGAUGUCGUUCCAAUCAUUAACACCCCUGAAUUUGGAGAUAAAUCUGCUGAGAAGGUUUGCUUAGACAUGAAGAUCAAGAGCCAGAAUGAGAGGCAGAAGCUUGACGAGGCCAAGAAAAAAAUCUACAAAGGAGGGUUCUAUGAGGGAACUAUGCUUGUAGGAGAAUAUGCAGGGAUGAGAGUCCAGGAUGCGAAGAAUUUGAUCAGAAACAAGAUUCUAGAAUUUGGAGAAGCUGUGAUGUACAGUGAGCCUGAGAAGAAAGUCAUCUCAAGAUCUGGGGAUGAGUGUGUUGUGGCUCUGACUGAUCAAUGGUACAUCACUUACGGGGAACCAAAUUGGAAGGAGGCAGCAGAGGAGUGCUUGACUAAUAUGAAUCUCUUCUGUGAUGAGACUCGGCAUGGCUUUGUGCAUACAUUGAGCUGGCUAAAUCAGUGGGCAUGUUCACGUAGUUUUGGGCUUGGGUCUCGUAUUCCUUGGGAUGAGGAGUUUCUUGUGGAGUCCUUGUCUGAUUCGACCAUUUACAUGGCAUAUUAUACUGUCUGUCAUCUAUUACAAAAAGGUGAUAUGUAUGGCUGCGAUACUUCAUCGGUGAAGCCAGAGCAGUUGACCGAUGAGGUCUGGGAUUUUUUGUUUUGCGAUGGCCCUUACCCUAAAUCAUCAGAUAUAUCUUCUACUCUUCUUAAUAAGAUGAGGCAGGAGUUCAAAUAUUGGUAUCCGUUUGAUCUUCGAGUUUCAGGUAAAGAUCUGAUUCAGAAUCAUCUCACUUUUUGCAUCUAUAACCACACAGCAAUUUUUCCCAAGCACCAUUGGCCUCGAGGGUUUCGAUGCAAUGGACACAUUAUGCUAAAUUCCGAGAAAAUGUCCAAGUCUACAGGGAAUUUUAGGACAUUACGCCAAGCUAUUGAGGAAUUCUCAGCUGAUGCCACUAGAUUCUCUCUUGCUGAUGCCGGGGACGGAAUGGACGAUGCAAACUUCGUAUUUGAAACAGCCAAUGCUGCAAUCUUAAGGCUCACAAAAGAGAUAGCAUGGAUGCAGGAAAUUCUUUCAGCCGAGUCAUCUUUACGAAGUGGGCCCCCUACUACUUUUGCUGAUCGUGUUUUUGCUAAUGAGAUAAACAUUGCUGUGAAAAUGACUGAGAAGAACUAUAACGAGUAUUUGUUCAGGGAAGCUCUUAAAACUGGGUUUUAUGAUCUGCAAACUGCUCGGGACGAAUACAGGUUUUCUUGUGGCUCAGGGGGUAUGAACCGGGAUCUAGUGUUUCAGUUUAUGGAUGUCCAAACAAGGCUUAUAACUCCGAUUUGCCCACAUUACGCUGAAUACGUCUGGAAUGACCUUUUGAAGAAGAACAGCUUAGUCAUCAAAGCAGGGUUUCCUGAAGCUGAUUUACCCGAUCUUACCCUUCAAAAGGCCAACAAAUAUUUGCAAGACACGAUUGUCUCAAUGAGGAAGCUCCUUCAGAAACAAGUGUCGGGUUCAAAGAAAGCCAAGGUAAAUCUAUCGAGUCUUCAAAACAAACCAAUGGUUGGACUAAUAUUUGUGAACGAGCAAUAUGAUGGAUGGAAAAGGGAAUGCUUGAACAUACUUCGAAGCAAGUUUGACAAUGCCACGUGCAGUUUUGCACCUCACCAAGAGAUCGUUAAGGCAUUGCAGGAGAGUGAAAUUGGGCGGGAAGCGAAUUUUAAGCAGAUCCAGAAGCUUUGUAUGCCUUUCUUGAAGUUCAAGAAAGAUGAAGUCAUUGAUGUUGGGGUUCAGGCUUUGGAUUUGAGGCUGCCCUUUGGUGAGAAGGCGGUACUAGAGGAGAACUCAGAGUUGGUCAAGCGGCAGCUAGGUCUCGAGCGGUUGGAGAUUUUGUCCAUAGUAGAUCCUGAUGCUGUUGCAAGAGCUGGGUCCCAUGUCUCGGUUCUAAAUCAGAAUCCACCAUCCCCAGGCAAUCCAACUGCUGUGUUCUUCGGCGAGUAAAGUUUUUCGUCCACUGAUAAUGGUGGGUAUUUUUCUUUGAAUUACUUGAGACUCGUCCGCACUUUUUAAGUCAUUUUUGUUUUGAAAAUUGAUACAUCAGUGUUGUAUGGAAUUUUGAAUCCUCUGGCUGCAGUCAAUUAGUAAUGAAAGUAGUUUUUGGUUUUUUGGAGAACUUUAUUCUUCUUGUAUUAAUCCAUUGACUAAUCACCAAGGA